AUGACGCUGGUCUCUGCGCCCGGCAAGGUGCUUGUUGCGGGAGGCUAUUUGGUCCUGGACGCCCGAUAUUUUGGACUUGUUUUUGCUGCAAAUGCGCGCUUCUAUACCUUGGUGAAAACGAUCACUGCAGACGGGGAAGCGCCGCUAAUUCGUGUGCGAUCCCCACAAUUUGCCAAUGCCGCUUGGUCGUAUCGCAUCGUGCUCCCACCCACUGGACACGACGAUGCCGUGAUGUACGCGAACGGGAUGCGUAUUGUACAGCUGAAUACCGGGAGCAAUGCGAACCCAUUUGUUGCAUUCACGCUACUGUACACGCUGCAGGUUGCGAUGGAAGUUACCGGCGUCGACCACGUCCUGGCGGCGCUGCAAAGCGGAAUCGAGAUUGUCGUGCUGGGCGACAACGACUAUUACUCGCACCGCAGCAAUGGGCAUGCACCUACGCUAGAAGAAUUGCGUGCGCUCCCGCCGUUUGUCGCGCUCGGCUGUACCUUGGAAGAGGUGCACAAGACUGGCCUUGGCUCAAGCGCGGCGAUGACGACCUCGCUUACUGCCGGUGUGUUGCUGCACUUGGGCGCAUGCCGCACAGAGAUGCAUGAAAAUGAAGCGCGUCUGACCCUCGGCUCACUCGGCUUGAUUCACAACGUCGCACAGCUCGCACAUUGUGCCGCACAAGGCAAGGUCGGCUCUGGAUUCGACGUCUCGGCGUCCGUAUGGGGCAGCCAGCUCUACCGCCGCUUUGAUCCAUUUUUGCUGCAGGAGAGCAUGCAGCCCGAGGUUGGACGGCGCAUACUACAGGAAGGCGAGUUGGGCGUGGAAAAGCACCCCACUGCACUUCUGCCCGUGCUUGCCGCGUCCAAUCCACUGUGGAAGCCUGUGCCGCCUUCCGGGGUGCAGAGUGUGCCUACUGCAGUCGAAGGAUUGCUCGAUAUUGCAGUGGGGGGAACAGAUGGAGCUGUUUGUCCCGCGGCACUUCAGCUUCCGCCAGGCAUCCGCAUGUGUUUGGCCGAUGUCGACGCAGGGUCCAAUACGCGGGCCUUGGUCGGACAAGUGAGUGCAUUUAAAAAGAACCAGCCGACAUGGGCGGAGCAGCUUUUCAGCGUGAUUAGCGCUGCGAACCAAUAUUUUGCAGAUGGUCUCUUGCGCCUGCAUCUCGCAUACGCACACGAUGCCAGCGUUUACAUUCGCGAUCUAACCGCGCUGGCACAAAUACCCUCGACAGAAUGGGAUGCACACCAAAAACUCUUGCAAUCGCCUAUCGUAUCAGCAUUCAUUGAUGUGCGCAAUGCGAUGCGCUCGAUCCGAGCGGGGAUGCGUGAGCUUGGCGUACGUGCCGAUGCGCCAAUUGAGCCGAUGGAAAUGUCACGGCUGUUGGAUGCCACGAUAAACGGCGCGAGCGGUGUUCUGGGCGGCGGCGUCCCUGGCGCAGGUGGCUACGAUGCACUGUAUGUACUUUACCUUGAUUCUACUGGCUACGACGCUUGUGCGCCGUGCUCGCCGCACAGCGGAAUCCUGGCGGUGUGGGCAAACUACACUGCACUUAGUGUCGGCCCUCUCUUGUGCGGCGCAGACGCGGAAUGCGCAGCCCACAAAGUGCCACCUGAGCACAACGCAGAUCCAGCGCUCGAGCAAGUUCUGCACACGUUCGCCAGGACCCAGUUUGGGCUACGCGUCGAGGAUCCAACAGCUGUGCACGGCCUUGGACCAUAUACAGCAUCCCUUAGUCAGCAGCGCUAG